AGAGAGAGAGUCGGGGAAGCCCCACUCCGCGCUGCAGGCGCGUUGCGCGCGAGGAAUCCAUCCGUGGUCCAUUCGAGAGCAUCCCUGCUUGUGUGGGGCGCGGCGGGCGCGAUAUGAACGUGAUUCCUUUUUCUUCUCGGCUUUCUCCCACUACCGGCGCCGCAACACCAAGGUAUAUAAAUUGGCAGAAAAAGAUGUGGCCGCCGAAUCGCAAUUUAACUCGCUCACUCGCGGUCCUCUGGUCGACCGGGACACUCUGCGCUCUCUUCGUUUCGCACAGCACGCUUCAAUUUUUUGCGGCACGCGGCGCGAAUCCCCUUUAGCCAGUCUCUCUCUCUCUCUCUCUCUCUCUCUCUCUCUCUCGCUCACUCUCGUCAGCGGCCGUACACUCACUCUGCCCGCCGCCGUCAUGCAAUCCGCGCCGCUGCUGCUGCUCAGCGUGGCCGUCGUGGCCGCCGCCCUGCCCACGGCCGCCCUGCCCAGGCCGCCGGCCGAGUCGGACGCCAGGCCUGCCGCCAAGGUGGACAACUCGCUCAGGCCCGACGAGACGAUCGCCUCGCAAUCAGCCGAACCCAUUGAUGCGACCACCCCCUACAGCAGCUUAGCCUCCAAGAGGGAACUAGUGCAAGACUCUUUAAACGGAUGGGACAAGUUGCGUCGCAUCCAGGAGGUAAAGGAGUACAUUUACAACUCGACCAGGUCAAACAUGGGCACUCCGUACAAGUCGCAGAAUAUCAUGACCACGAACGACUUGAAAAACUUUGUGCUGAGCAUGAUUCCUGAAACCUCCGGGUUGUACGAUCCAUCAAAGAAAAUCAACAGCUUCUUCCCACUCUGUUCCCCUCAGCAGAGUAAAAGGGUGGAAGCGACCAAAAACAGUGACGAUAUGUACAUGCAAUUCAACCUGACAUAUCCUCCUUCUUCGCCAGACUCAAAGGUGGCCAUUGGCAGCGCCAACCUUCGUCUUUGGAGGAUAAAUCAGACUGAAAGCAGCGUGAGCGUGGACCCGUGCUCGCCGCACAAUCAACAGGUGCGAGGCACGCCGCCCCCGACCAGUUCGACGACGCAGCCAGCCGCCGAGCCCAACAACUCGGCAUCCAGCACGAGCACACCCACCACCAGCACAACGAGCGCCCCUAUCAUUAUCAGUGAGCCGAGGGAGGUUUUCAUCAGGGUCACCAUUACGUACCUUGUUCGGCAGGGAAAGAAGUCAAAUAAACUGACGAGAUACAUCCUGGACAGCAAGAUGGUUUCGACCACCGGCGAAGGCUGGGUUGACUUUAACGUUUUGAAUGCUGUUAAAGACUGGCAGAAUCCAAACAACAACAUGGGUCUUUUCGUAGAGGUUGAAGAUCAAGAAAAGAAAAAGCUGCCUGCCGCUUCAUUCUUCCGCGAGAUGAAUUGCACUGCUGUCAGCUCGAGGGUGCCAGGUGGCGGCGACAACAGCGCCUCUGCUGACCUCAGUGGAGCACACAUGCUCCCGAUGAUCUCGGUGUGCACCGCCGACCCGAACCACGCCGCCAACACUGACACGCACGCAGCCAACAACAACAACAACCCCCUGAGCAACAAGUCGAAUAAGGACCUGCGCAGGUUCCUCUCCAUGCUGCAGCAGGAAAACGCGGUCAAGGCGGCGAGCAGCCAGAAGCGGCAGAACCCUGAGGAUGAGCAGUUGGAGCAGGUGCAGAACACGGAGGGCCACCAGGAGGGCCAGAACCGGCACCGCCACAACCACAACCACCACCACCGCUUCCACGACGACAGGCCGACGCCGUCGCAACUCCUCGUCGUACCGCUCGUGUUCAAAACCUCCAGGGUGGCUGAGAUGGACCAGCAGCCCAUCACCAUCGAGCAGCUCUUCCAGCGGUAGGCAGUGUUCACAAAAAACUGUCUUUUUUCGGAAGAGUUUAAACCGGUUUUUCCCCCAAGGGUGGGUCUGAAUCGGAGGGAACUAAACGACACGCGAGUCGAAGCGAUAAAUUCUGGAAAUCAUAGCGCCGUUGCAAUUUUCGGAAUCGACCUCCGCGUUAGCAAAGAGACCGACCAUUUUGUGACAUCGUCAUCACUGCUCAGGGUGCGUACAAUUUUUAAAGGGAUUGCUACAUUUUCUUUCAAAACCGAACAUCAGCAGCCAUGACACUGAUGACGUCACAAAAUGGCCAAUCGCACUACUUUGUCCUGAGUUUUUCAGGCUAAACGCUGAGACCGAUUAUAAAAAUUCCAACGCCACACUGAUUUUCUGCAUUUUGAGCUUCACAUACAAGACUUAAAUUUUUCGAAAUCUAUCUGCGCAUUAAGAUAAUUUUUUCCAAUUUGACUGGUAAACUCCAUGGGAAAUUAGUUAUUAUCUGAUUUGAUCCAAAAUGUAGAGAGUGAGUAAAAAAAAUCAGCAAAAACAUUCCGGUUUAACCAGUGCCGGUUUAAAUUUUGGAACACUUGCGGUAGGCCCACCGCGCGCGCGCACCGCACUCCGCACCCGCGGACAGCCGAGACUGCACCAAGGCUGUCCGCAAUUACCUUUGGCACAACUGCUCACCGACGACUCUGACUGCUCGCCAGCACACAAGUUGUGCAACUCGCUCCGCACGCAUGCGGCGCGGGCUGCAUAACCGGGCUGCCCUGGUUUCUUGUUCACUGUGAGCUGAAUCCAAAUUGUAUUUACUUCGUGUGUGUUAUAUUUCCAAAUGCGAAUUUUUCAUCUGUCGUAAUGGCCAAACGCUGGGCUGUGCAAUUUGAGGUUUUUUAUAUUCAAACAGUUAUUUUGGCGGGUGUUGGUGUGAAUCUAGCGAAAGUGCCACAAGAACGGCAGCAAUCUCUCUGAUUGGCCAGAUCCAGACACCACCAAAGUAACGGUUUCCACGUUUCUGCCGAUUUUCGGCACGUUGUGUCAAAUUUCUGACUGGCUAACCUAGUUCGACUCUCAGGUAUCAAUUGGAAAUGUCAAAAAUGAAAUUCCAGUACUACUUGAUCAAUUUCGCCGAUUCUUUUGCGAUAAAAGUUUAAUUGUGUCAUUCAUUUUUCACAGCCCCUAUUGCACUAACAUAUCCAGAUUACUCGAGGUUUUAAGCAUGUUAUAUAUCAAAUAAUUUCUAGCAUAUUUUUUCAUUUUGGUCACACUUGAAAAACGGGGAGCACAGAGUCUUCGGCGUUAAAUUUCUGAUGAUGGCCGAGAGUGGUCAGUCGAAGCGCACAAUGCAAUGUAAAUAAAGUAUCGAUACUUACUCUACAGAGCGCGGAGCAUUUUUUAAUUUACUUUCCUCGCUAACAAAAGAAACGACAAGGCUUUUUCAUGUUGCAUAUUGUGCUCACAUUUCAGUAACAAUAAUUUUAAUGCAUGUUCAACAACAAAAGAAACACACACUAUUCUCGCUGAAAAAAAUUUCCAUAGUUGAAAUCUAUAAAUGGAUGAUUGCACUCUUGGCUCCUCUGACCGAAUGUUUUAGAAUAAUAUACACUGUGUUUUCAUGUACUUCGAGCGCGCAUAUCAUGUUAAUUAAACUGUGUCCUUUUGUCACGAAAUAACGCCAUAUCAGCUGAAAACGUUUUUAUCCGCUGACAAAUGGGUACUUAAUUCUGCCCGGCCCCGAGACCCAAUCUCAUCACCCGUGUCCGCCAUCAAGUUCGACUACUUAAUUAGUGUUGCGUUAGAAAUUGUAAUAGAUAAAUAUACGUAUAAUACAUGUCUAGGAUGUUAGGCUAUUUUUCUGUUUUCCCGCCCACCCUGCUCUACCUCUGUGAAGCUGUCAAUAUUCUGACGAGACCGAUUUUAAAGCCAAGGAGAGGCAAUCCAAUUACAUGUUGUUUCCCGCAACUCCGCGUGUAUACUACAUUAGACUGCGUGUACAAUUCAGUGUUUCGCGGCGACAAAAUUCUUAUGUAUAUCAUAAAGAAGUAUGUAUUAUUACAUGUCUAGCGUAUUAAGAACGAGUAUUAUAUAGUUGAAUUGUUUGUUGCCAAUAAUAAAGUGCAUAUCAAAAUCAGAA